UAACUAAAAGAAGAAGAUGAGCCGCAGUUGUUGUGAUUUCGAUAGGCAACCUUCGUAUGGGGAGGAGAUAUCAGCUGGACAGGGCUCAUAUCGGAAACACUUCUGUAUACAUCGUAUCUUAAGGAACUAGGGAAAUAGCGGAGAACAUACUUUCGGUUUCACCGUUCUGCUCUCGACCACUGACUUCACCAACUAACCUUAAAUGUUAAUGUUCAACGCUACCAAACACCGAAACUCCUCGUUUAACGUUACUUUCCCCGGCUACUCAGAAGAGUAAGGGGUAGUGAAUCAACCUCCACACAGCCUUGUGCAGGCACUGUCAGUGCUUUCCAACCGUCCAUCAGUCCUCUGGAGUGGUUCUUGUUGUAGUGGAGGGACAGGAGGAAAAACCCAGCAGGCUGAGAGACAACAGGACAGGCAGGAUGCCUCUGUUCUUCAAGAAGAGGAAGCCCAGCGACGACUCCAAGAAGAGACUGGAAUAUCAGCUGUGCCUGUCUAAGGAGGCAGGUGCUGAUGACAUCCUGGACAUCUCAGCCUGUGAGCUGUCAGAGGUUCCCUCGAGUGCCUUCUCCAUUUGUAAGGUCCUACAGAAAAAGGUCUUUAUCCUCCAUAAUAAUGAACUGAGGUCAUUGCUGCCCAAAGGAUGUGACAUCAGCACUCUUGCCGCUUUAAAGGUUUUAGAUCUGCAUGAGAACAAGCUCACUUUACUCCCAGAAGACAUUGGGAAGCUGGCGUCACUGCAGAUUCUGAAUGUGGAGAAGAACCGUUUAAAGGCCCUGCCUGAGUCAAUCGGGGAUCUGCGGUUUCUGCAGACGCUCAAUUUGAAGGGUAACUGCCUCAGUGAGCUGCCAUCCUCAGUUGGUUCUUUAUGCAGCCUGCGCACCCUGGAUGUGAGUGACAACAAAAUUGUCGAGCUCCCCAAAGCUCUGGUCUACAUCCGAACCUUAGAGAGCUUUACAUUGGAUGCUGCCACGAUGUCAUACCCACCUGCGUCUGUGUGUACAGAAGGCACAGAGAGCAUCCAACGCUUCCUAUGCACCGAGCUGGGAGAGGAGUACUGCCCCCCAUCACAGUAUCUCCUGCCGGUGCUGGAGAAUGAUUGUGGCAAACAGAACUCUGACUGUUUGGAUGGCUUGGAGGAGGCCUGGCAGAACAGAUUCAGUGACUACGAGAAGAGAAAGGAGCAGAAGAACCAGGCGAAGCUGGACUUUGAGCGGCACCUGGAGGAGAAGAAAAAUGAGCACGCCCAGCUUAUGCUCAUGAACAACUCCCGCAAGGAAAAUAUCCUCAACUCAGUCCGACAGGAGCAAGAGCGUCUGGAGCUGGGGGUCAGCCAGCAGCAGAGGGCUCAGGAGGCUGAGAGGCUGCUGGUGCUGGAGAAAGUCAGACAAGCUGAAGACAACAUCAGCAGUCGCAUCAGCAACAUGCUGAUGGACAAAAACAGGCAGAAAAAAAGUGCAGAGUUUCUUCAAGCCCUGGAGGAGGAACGGAUCCGUAUGGAGCAUUUGACUGCCAUCACUCAGGAGGAAGCCAGUUCACUGAGGAAGAAGGAGGUGGCAGUGGCCAUGCAGAAGAUGCUGUCGGACAGCUAUGCUAUGAGUCUCCUCCAGGAGGCCAGUGAUUUUCGCAGAAAGAACCUGGUGUCUGAGGCCUACAGAAGUUUAGAGAAUUUGGACAGGAAGUUUGAUAAGAUGCUGUCCCUCCAAGUUUUGGACAAGUCAAAAGCCAUCGCCCACAUCUUGCAGGAGGAGGAGAUGCAGAAAGCAGCGUUCCAGGCCCUGCAGCUGCAGAAAGAUGCUGUACACGGCUACAUCCGCAACCAGAUCAAGCUCAUAGAGGGUGAAUUAUUGCAGCUGACUAGAUUGGAGGUUAAAAGACGCAAUCUGGAUGCUGAGAACCUGCAGGAGGUUCUGGUGGAGCAGCGCACAGCUCUCAGUGAUUUGUUGCAGCAGCUGCUGAAGCAGAGGGACCAGAGAGAGCAGGAGCUGCGGCAGGUUUUGGUGGAGAUGGAGCAAAAGUCAGAGUCCAACCAACAGAACUACUGGAUGAUCCAGUACCAGAGGCUGUUGGAUGCUAAGCCGCUGUCACUGCGCAUGCAGGAAGCCGGUGUGGAGAAAGAGCUGGUCAACCUGUUAUGCAAACUCUCAGCUCAGCAUUACCUGCCCAUCCUGGCCCAUAAUCGAGUGACAGCUGAGGCCCUUCGCCACAUGAACUCCUCUGACCUCAAGAAGCUUGGCAUCAAUGAAAUAGGAAUCCAGAAAGCUCUUCUUAACUGGGCUCGGAAUCAACAACCUGAAGGAGCCUGUAAGAGUGUCCAGCAGGACGAGGAGGAAGAAGUUGUCCCCUCAGCUCCAACUCCUUCUUCCCCUCCAUUGUUUCCCAGCACCUCAGCCAUCCAGAUGCCCAGCCCACCACUCACCCCAGGAACCCCUGUCACCCCCUCAGCCCCCAGCCCUGUGGAGGGAUCAGGGAGCUCAGAGUGUGUGGUCUGCAUGGAGAAGGGGUCCCAGGUCAUCUUCCUGCCCUGUGGUCAUGUGUGCUGUUGUCAGUUGUGCAGCGAGGCUCUGCAAAACUGCCCUCUGUGUCGUGGCAGCAUAUCCCAGCGCGUCCGCCUCUAUCACAGCUAGGACCAGCUGCAUUGUGCUACUCCUUCAUCGACUGCAUCUCUCUGUAUUUAUGCAUGAUCAUAAAGCUGCUGUGAGCUGACCAUGUCAUUUAAGAAAAGCUUUGAGCAGGUUGUCAAAGAGCUGAGCCACUUUCCUCUAUUAACCAAACUUUGUGAUGUACAUGCAGAAACAAGCCUGGAUAGGAUUAUUUUAAUGGUGUUUAGUUUUUUUGUUGUCACUGGCAUCCGAGCCUGUUUUAUUUUCUCGUUCUUAUGAUAUUUUAUUUUUUUCUAUUGUAUAUUAGAGCCAAGUGGACUAUACAGUACAACUCACUGGUUAAAGACGACUGUUCUUUGCCUUUUUAUAGUUUCUCAAUUGAUGUGUGCCUUUAUCUGGAAAUCUCUGUUUUUAAACGAUACCACUUGUCUGUGUUGGUAACCAAAGUAACACCUGUCCAGCAUUUCUGUAAGUUAUCUAAAACAUAAUCUAUUGAUUGUUAUUGCUUUUUUUUUGCUAUCACUGCCGGUGCGUCACUAAUGCAACCCUCAUCUUGUCGCUCUUCAAUCUAUGACACAAUCUGUCCUGCCUCACUGCCAGGGGCUCCCCCUGUGCCUGCUGCAAUCAUGUAUCUGCUGUUAAUAUGGAGGAAUUAUAUCAGUGCACAUCAGAUGAUUUGUGGGGAAACUCAUUUCUGCCCAGGUUAAAAAAUGAGCUGCAGAGCCCUGUUAACACUUCCAGUCCCUGUCACUCUCUAUAUUAUAUCACUGUAAUUCUAAUACUAUUUUUUUCUAACUACAUGGCCCCAUAUUUGCUGUGUGGUAAUGUAGAACACAUAGAACUGUAUAAAUGUACACCAUUUAAGCAAAAUGAGAAUAAUGAAGAUCCCAAAGGGGAACGUUUUAUGUUUAGUUUUAUUUUAGUUGUGAGUGCUACUCAUCCUGUACAGUUAAUAAUAUUUUCUGUGGCUCUAGAGGAGCUUUUUAAAGUCAAUAACCUUCUCUCAGCUUGAGCUUGGAGACUACAGAUGUUUAAUAGGAAGCAUGCAUUGCAAAGAGGGGGUAUGGAAAUUGAAAGACGUGUUUGCCCAACUAAUUAAAGACACUUUUGAGUUGCAUCAUGGGAAAUGUAGCAAUGUUGGAGCUUGCCCCACACUUGAGGACUAAAAGUCAGGAUUUCUCAGCCUCAGCUUCUUUGAUGUUGAACCUUUUCUUAAAUAUCUGUAACCCUAUUACCCCAGCUUAUAGAAAGUGCAAUACUAGAAGGAGGCCAUUAAACUAGAUAUUAACAUUCUUUAAAGGGUAUUUUCCAACCUGGGCGCUAUUUUCUUUUUUGAAAUUGGUCCAGUAUUGAGUGAGAAAGCAGAGAAAUUGGCUGCAGUGUAAUCCCUGCGGGCAUUCGAGCUCUGUCUUUUUAUGUCUACUGAAAGUAGUGAAAGUGUCUUACAACUUUAAGAAAGGAUUUCCACAACAGUUGACCUCUUUGUUAAAGAGUAAGACCCGUUUUGUUUAACCAGAAACAGCCCUGAGAUCACCAAACAAACCAGACUCUACAUAAAUAAAUAGCAAUUUAAGAAUGCAUUGAGCCAGCAUAUUUUCACAUCUAACUGGGCGAAUUAAGAGUCAACAGCUUAACAAGCAGUUGAGUGGAGGCAAAUUGAUGGUGAUCAGUUGCCCGCGGAGAUUACAAUCCAGCCAGUUUCACUGCAGCUAACUGCAGCGGUCUCGCUUAAUACU